UCUUUAGGUUUUUGUGCCCGAUCGAAAGAGGCAGUGGAAUAAUCGCGAAAAGAUUUUUGCAACAGUCGGGAGUUGACUUUCUGUCGAUCGCCGAGCGAAUCUUUCACUGACUACCGCAACUCUCGCACAUUGCACCUCUGGCCAACAUGGCGGCGACGUUAGGUCGACUUUGUAAAUCGGGUCUUUUGAAGCCAAAUUAUGGCACGCUGAUCAGCCAGAGCAGCAAUUUCUCCACUGUGAAAGAGUGGCCUAGGAGUCGGAAAGUGUUAUUAACAUGCUUAGGAGUGACAGCAGGAGGCAUCAGUGCCUUGAUAUAUGCUCUAGACAGCUCAGUGAGAGCUGCUGAAUUGAUAGCUCAUCCACCGACGUACAAAUGGGACUUUUAUGGAUGGUUCAAUUCGUUAGACCAUGCUAGCAUGCGACGAGGAUGGGAGGUCUAUAAGAACGUGUGUGCAGCUUGUCACAGUUUGCAAUAUGUGGCAUUCCGUCAUCUUGUUGACGUUACGCACACCGAAGAGGAGGCCAAAGCUCUUGCAGAAGAAAUCAUGGUGGAGGACGGUCCUAAUGAGGUAGGAGAAUAUUUCAAACGUCCGGGAAAACUGUCCGAUUACGUGCCAGCACCGUAUCCGAAUGAAGAAGCUGCCAGAGCAUCAAACAAUGGUGCUUAUCCACCCGACUUGUCUUACUUGCUAAAUGCUAGGCACGAUGGAGAGAACUACAUUUUCUCCUUGUUAACUGGAUACUGCGAUCCACCAGCUGGCAUAAAUUUGAGAGAGGGACAAUAUUUCAAUCCAUACUUCCCAGGUGGUGCCAUCAGUAUGGCACAGGCUAUUUAUGACGAAGUCUUAGAAUACGAAGAUGGUACUCCUGCAACUGCCUCUCAAGUAACAAAAGAUAUCACCACAUUCCUGAUGUGGACUUCUAAUCAUGAAUUUGAUGACCGAAAAAAGAUGUUCAUCAAGGCUAUGUCUGUCUUCUCAUUUCUCACUGUUGCUGUGUACUACCUCAAACGACACAAAUGGACAACUAUAAAGAACACGAAAUUGAUGUUUAUUCGCAAGAAUUAUGGAAAGCCGUAAACCAGUGAUUAAUUCGAUGAUGUUAGCUGUCAUUACGCUGGUAUCGGAAUGUAGUUUCGCAAUUUAAACAAUGUACUUGGCAAGUUGUGGCUCCUCUUUCUCUACAGAUUUAAACUUACUCAUAUAGCAUUUGACAAGAAGCCGUCAAUUUACCGUCACUACCAGAUUUAUUAAAUUAUACAUUGUACAUAGCUAUAUUGUGAACGGAGUCAUCGUCUGAUUUAAAUAAAUUGUUAAACAUAAAAAUA